UUUGACUUUACUUCUCAGAUCUGGCAAUGUGGAGGUCGAGUAGAAAUCCUGCCAUGCUCCCAUGUUGGGCAUAUCUUCCGUCAUGCUUCACCCCAUGACAUUCCGGGAAAUUCCUCUGGAAAAGUCCUUGACGGAAAUAUGGUUCGCGUAGCGGAAGUAUGGAUGGACGAAUGGAAAUUCCUUUUCUACAAACUAGCCCCACAGACAGGAAAACUUCGAAGUGUCGUGGAUCUGAGUGAGCGCCUUGAACUUCGACGUCGUCUCGGUUGUAAGAGCUUCCGAUGGUAUCUCGAGAACGUGUUCACCGAUCAUCACAUGCCAAUGGAAGGAUACAUUUCCCAGCCGACAUAUCCAACGCAACUUAUUUCAUUAGACUUCAAUACGUUGUGUAUGGUUAAUCGGCCAGGAGAGCCAGGAACUAAGAAACAUCAGCUAAAAAUGGCACCCUGUACGUUGGGAUUCGAUCACUGGCAGUUUUGGAUCUACACAAAGGAUGGACAUCUGAAAUCCGACGAGCAUAUGUGCCUUUCGGCUACUCAGGUUGGUGCAUACAAAUGGAGAAUGGGCUGUCCAGCUAAAGGAGUGCGCCGGCUAUGA